ACGCGCACAGAGCUUCCGGAGACCAUGAGGGAGGCAGCGAGCGGGCCAGACGUGACGGCCACCUUGCCGCCGGCAGCCGGCCCCUCGCAGCAGCCCCCAGGCCCGGAGGACGAAGAAGCCAGCCUGGAUGAGUAUGACCAGUACAGCCUGGCCCACCCCUUCGUGGCGGGUGGAGGCCGGAAAGGUCGCACCAAGAGAGAAGCUGCUGCCAACACCAAUCGCCCCAGCCCCGGCGGGCAUGAGAGGAAGCUGGUGACCAAGUUCCAGAACUCAGAGAAGAAAAAGAUCCGGCGCUGAGACAGAGCUGGGAUGAGACCAGACCACGGACACCACACCCCACAAUGGAGACAGGAUGGCGGAGGAGCUGGGAGCGGGAUCCUGACCUGCUUGCCCCUCCCUACCCCCAGGACUUACCCCACCUCAGGGAGGCCCCAGGGAGGCCCCCAAGAAAGCACCUCCAGGCCCAGCAAAAGGGCCAGUAGGAGCAAGAGGCAGAGCAUGGGUAGGCAGAAUCAGGAAGCUUCCUCCAAAAAGAAACUGGAGCCGAGCCCCCACGCCCCCACCCCGGAGCGACAGUGUCAAUAAACAAAGUGCAGAAGCUGCA